UAAGCUUUCAUCUUCCCCUUCCCUUCUCCUCCUUCCUCAACCCCACCUCCCCCUCCUCUCUAACCAUCUUCCCACCAUUUCAUGAGUUGACCCACACCCAACACUCUUAUAUCAAAACUUAAAAUAUUCCAAAAAAAAUUUUCACCUUGCCCAGUCUUAUAUAUUCAUCCAUCAUUCAAUCAACCCAACUCAUAUUUAGCUAGCUCUUGAGUCGUCUUUAUCUCUCUCUCUCUCUCUCUAUCUCUCAAAGACAACCCUACCCAUCUCUCUCAGUCUCUCCUAUAUAUGUGCAUAUCCUCAACAUCUCUUUGUGUAUCACAGUCACAGAACACCACUCGUGUAAUCUCCUUCCUUUUGCUUUGCUUAGUGCAAAAGAAAAAAGAAAGAAAUUGAAGCAACAGAAAGAAAAGAAAAAAAAGGAAAAAGAAAUGGACGGAAGUUGCAUCGAUGAAAGCAGCAGCAAUUCCAUAUCAGUCUCGCCGGCGCCGGUGUCUUCUUUACCGGAGAAAAAAGAAACCGAGAGGCUAUGCCGGAUGGGGAGUGGCGCUAGUGUAGUCAUAGACUCAGACAGCGGGGUCGAAGCCGAAUCUCGUAAGCUCCCAUCGUCCCAGUACAAGGGAGUCGUCCCCCAGCCAAACGGACGUUGGGGGGCUCAGAUAUAUGAGAAGCACCAACGUGUGUGGCUGGGCACGUUCAAUGAAGAGGAGGAGGCAGCCAGGGCCUACGACAUCGCAGCGCAGAGGUUCCGCGGCCGGGACGCCGUCACCAACUUCAAGCCAUUAUCGGAGACGGACGAGGAUGACAUCGAGACAAUCUUCUUGAAUUCGCAUUCCAAGGCUGAGAUUGUCGACAUGCUCCGAAAACACACAUACAAUGACGAGCUCGAGCAAAGUAAGCGUAAUUAUGGGCGCAAUGGCGAUGUGAGUAAAAGAAAUAGAGGUGGUGGGUGCUUCGGUGAUUCUGGUGGCUCAGACCGAGCGGCCAAGGCUCGUGAGCUGCUCUUCGAUAAGGCCGUCACGCCCAGCGAUGUCGGCAAGCUAAACCGGUUGGUUAUACCAAAGCAACACGCAGAGAAGCACUUCCCGCUCCAGAUUGGAAGCACUUCCAAGGGUGUGUUAUUGAAUUUCGAGGAUAAUGGAGGGAAGGUGUGGCGAUUCAGAUACUCGUAUUGGAAUAGCAGUCAGAGCUACGUGCUCACAAAAGGGUGGAGCCGAUUCGUGAAGGAGAAGAACUUGAAGGCCGGCGAUGUAGUCAGUUUUCAGCGAUCGACGGGGCCGGACAAGCAGCUUUUCAUCGACUGGAAGCCCAGAGCAGCGUCGACUUACAUGGCGUUGCCACAGCUGGUUCACCCGCUAAACCCAGCAGCUCAACCGGUCGAGGUGGUUAGAUUAUUUGGCGUCAAUAUUUUCAAAAUACCAGUAAGCAGCGUGGUUAACAGUUGGAAUGGAAAAAGAUUGAGAGAUGUUGAUGAGUUUUCUUCAUUAGAGCCCUGCAGCAAGAAACAGCGCGUAUUAGGAGCUUUGUAGCAGUUUUCAUUCCCUGAUUUUGUUUUUCCUUUUUUGUUUUUCUUUUUUUUUUUCCCUGUAAAUGCUGAAAGGGAAAGAAAGGAAAGUUGAGGGGAGGUGGGUGUGCCAACUUGCAAAGGUGGUCUGAUGUGUACAUUAUUACAAGACAAAAGCAGAAGAUGUUGAAACCAGGUGGGACGAAAAAUAAUCAAAUUCUCAUUUAGGAUCUUUUUUUUUACAGUUGUUCAUUAAUUAAUUUGUUCUUUGUUAAUUAAUUAAUCUUGUUUAGUUUCUACAGUUGUUAUGAAGAAAUUUAUAUGUAACCAGCUGUAUGUUCUUCCACCCAGCAGAAAUGGCACGACAGCUUUAAGCUAUUUCCAUCC